AUGCCCGUCCGGACCUGGUUCCCCGAGAGUUGGCUCUGGAAGAAGUUUACUCUGCCGAAAAGUGAAUCGGGCAUCUCCCACUACCCCAUCUCUGUGAACGUGCCAGAUUCCAUCACCACGUGGCAAUUUGUAGCUGUCAGCCUCAAGACUGGAAAAGGUCUCUGCAUCUCAGACCCCUUUGAGUUGACAGUUAUGAAAUCCUUCUUUGUGGACCUUAAGUUGCCUUCCUCCGUGGUCAGGAAUGAGCAAAUCCAGAUCCAAGCCGUGCUGUAUAAUUUCAGGGAUCGCCAGGUCAAGGUCCGAGUGGAGUUUCCCCACAAAGAGCCACUGUGCAGCGCAUCGAAGCCGGGGGCCCCAUCCCGCCAGGCUGGGGGUCAGAUACAGCGAAUGUCCCAUAGCAUCCUCCUGAACCCCCAAGGUCAGACCCAGAUGGAGCUGGUGCAAAGACAGGACUUUUUGAACAAGGUGCCUGACACACAGGCUGAAGUGUUUGUCAGCAUCCAAGGUUACACACAGAUGUUGACACACCGGAGUGCAGACGGCACCUAUCACACCUCCAAAGGAAGUCCAGGAAGCACCUGGCUCACGAGCUAUGUGUUUCGGGUCUUCGCCCUGGCCUACCCCACGAUGACAAUCAGCAUGAUCGACCCACCCUCUCUCUGUGCCAUUGCCAACUGGAUCACCCAGAUGCAGGCGGAGGAUGGGCACUUCUUGGAGAAGGGCCCUGUGGUCAUGGGGUCCAUGCAGGGUGGCUACCGGGGCUCCGAGGCGGACAUAUCCCUCACAGCUCUUGUCCUGAUCGCCCUGCAUGAGGGAACGGAGCUGUGCAGCCCGACAAUGCCGAAUUUGAUUACCAGCAUCGAGAGAGCCCGUGGCUUCCUGGAGAGAAAACUCCCCAACAUCCAGACGACCUUUGCCAUAGCCAUAGUCUCCUAUGCACUGGCCCUCGCCAACAGCUCCCAAGCCAAUGACCGCCUGGACAACUUUGCCAGCCGAGGUGGGUGUGUGGUAUGUCUUAACCAACUGUGUGUUAACUACAGUCGCAGGGGAGGGGACAUGAUUUCAAAUCCAGCAAUGUGUAUCUUAUCACUUAGUGUUUAUUGGGCACCUACUGUGUGCCAGCUCUUGAGCUCGACCCUGAGAGACCAAGACAAAACCCACUGGCCAGUGGGUGAACAGUACGUGAACUCCCUGUAUACCAUUGAGGCCACAGCCUAUGCGCUGAUGCAGAAGUUGGAGCUGCGUCGGCACAGUGAGACGCACGCCAUCGCCAAGUGGCUACUGGAGAAGCGGGGGCUGGGAGGAGGCUUCGGGUCCACGCAGACCACGGUGGUGGCCCUAGAAGCUCUGGCCCGCUUCCAGAAAGCUGUCCCGUUCGAGGGCGUCCAGGAUCUCCGCGUCCAGAUAAGUGCCCCCAAGAGAGCCUUGAACGUGGAGUGGCUCAUUGAUCAGAACAACGCCUAUCAGCAGCGGUCAGCAAAGUUCUUUGCCCAGGACGACCUAGAGAUCAAAGCCAGUGGCACUGGGAGAGGUACCAUCUCGCAGAUCCUGACCAUAUACCACAGGUCCCUAGAAUCCUAUGAGGGCACCUGCAACCUGUACCACCUGAAUGUGACUCUCCACAGCAUGCCAGAAGAGAAUAAAAAGGGAGAGGAGACCUUCCAGCUCCGAAUGGAAACGAGGACAGAAGGCUGUACCUUGGCCAACAUGCUCCAUGACCCAAAUGCCCAGUGUUGA